AAUUUGCCCCGUAGGCUGAACAAUGAACGUGUAAAGAUACCGCGCAAGUAGCAAAUAACUUGGUGUAAUAUGCGGAAUAAGAUAAGAACCGAUAACAGAUAUUAAAAGAGUCCUACUUAAGACUUAGGGAUCCCUUUGGUCUUGGUUUUAGCUCAGUCAACGACCAUAUAUUAGCUAACUAGCGAGCUACCUUGAGUGUUUGUAAUGCUUCAGGUGUUUAGCCGGCUAGCAGACCAAACGUGCAUUAGUUAAGAGUUUUGUCCUUCAUACAGGAAAAGGAAAAGUGUGACCUUAGUAUGGACAAUAGCACCAUUUAUGUCCGAGAAAGAGGAAACCUUCGUCGUGUCAGUGACAUAGUCCUGGCACAGCCAAAGCCAGUAUCAUCAUGCAGAAGGACAAAUCCGUUUGUGCUGAGAAAAGAGCACUUCAUAUUCACCUACAAUGCAGAGGGAAGUCUGAGAUACACCACAAAAUCUCUCUUUGACAUCACUCUGUUAUUCGUAGCUGAUAACAUUAACCAUGUGGACUCUCUGGUGGGCUUCCCUGAGCAAAUAGGAGACAGACUUUUUGCAGCAGCAGAGGAGAAUCGUGUAUUUUUAAACGCAGACGUUUCUCCAAAAGCACUGCAGUUAUUCAGUGAUGCAUAUGGGGAGAUGGUGCUCGGAUCCCUCUGUCUGAGAAAUAGAUUUCCACUCUUGCAUGAGAGGAUGGAUGAAAUAAAAACAUUUCAUAGUUUGAAGUCUCUGGACCUGUUUGGCUGCAGACUGGGUGAUGAUCAUGAGAUAUUCCUGCAUCUAACAUCCAGCUCAUUGGCAAGCAGCCUGAUUCAGCUUUUCAUUGGUGGUAACAGUCUGUCAGAUGUCGGCCUACAAAGAUUGACUGCACCUAUCCGGAUGAUGAGGAAGGGACUGGACUGUCUUCAGUUUCUUGAUGUUUCCUAUAACCCUAUCUCAGAAAGGGCUCUCAGAUACCUCACAAUCCUCCCCAAACUUGAAAAACUUGAUGUGUCUGGGACAAGUUUGAAGCUUGGCACAGGGUUGAAAACAAACAUAUGGGACCUGUUAGGCCUCAUUUAUUCUGAGAAACCACUGGACACCUUUGAUCACUCGAGAUGUAAAACAGAAGGUUGGGCAGAGCAGGUUGUAAACCAAUGGGAAACAAAUAGCUCACAAAUUCCAAAACAGAAGAAAAUUGACGAAUCCAGAACAUCAGCACUUCGCUUUUUUGGCAGGCAGAAGUUUGUCAGAGAGGUACUGAAUGCGGCGCCCUUGGUAUGUGAGAGCGAGGAAGAGACCAAGAGAGACAGACUGCAUUUCUACAGACCUGCAACAAACACUCACAUACCAGAGAAACCCACUCCUUCCAUAACUACUACUCAAGCAAGGCCUUCCUGGUACAAUAACAAAAAAAGGCAGCGUAAAUCAGAAGGGCGUUCACAUCAAAGCCGCCCAACAAAACGUUUGUCCCCAUUAGCUCUUACGGAAGAGGACAUUGACUUGUUGAACAGCUAUUGAGGUAGCAUUCCAAACAGAUUAUGUCAGUUAUCAGGUAACAUUUAGGCUCAAAUGAACAAUAUUUUUCCAAGAUGAUUCACACUGGUGAACUGUAAACACUUUUUUCCUUGGAUACAGGUGGCGUUGUUUAUGUUUUUAUAAAUAAAGUUCAGUAUUUUGUACGUGU